AUGAGUAGUAAUAAAAGUUGCGAGCAGCAGGGAACACGGGUUGUGAGUGAGAUGUGGACGCCGGCGGUGGUCUCUGUGUGCCUGCUGGCCGCGUGGGCCGGCGCUCUGCCCUCCUCGGGCCCUCGCAGGGCGUGGCAGCUGCGCGGUGGGCGCAUCGUGGGCGGCGAACCGGCGGACAUCUCGCAGUUCCCGUGGCAGGUCUCGGUGCUGUGGUACGCCCAGCUCGUCUGCGGCGGCUCCAUCAUCAGCAGCAGAUGGGUGCUGACAGCAGCGCACUGCGUCGACUACGGUAGUGCGCGACAAUAUACAGUCCGAGCCGGUAGCUCCAUAUACUACCAAGGUGGCACUGUCUACAGGGCCGCUCAGUUAAUUCUUCACAACCUUUAUAGUAGAGUGACGACGGAUUACGACGUCGCCCUCAUCAAAAUAAGGGGCACCAUUUCGAUGGGUGACCACGUGAAGACGGUCAAUCUGGGAACAUCUGAACCAGCAGCUGGCACCUCCAUGAAUGUCACCGGUUGGGGCACUACAGACACAGGGUCAAUCUCCAGCAGACUUCAAUACGUCACCGUCGAGAUCCAGGAGCGCUCGUCGUGCAACAAAACCUACGGCGGCACAGUCACGGAGCGCAUGAUCUGCGCGGGUGUAGAGGAAGGCGGCAAGGACUCGUGCCAAGGAGACAGCGGCGGGCCGCUGGGGGCGGGAUCCACCCAGUAUGGUAUCGUCUCUUGGGGCGCGGGAUGUGGUCUGCUGGGGUACCCUGGCGUCUACUCCAGCGUCGCUGCUCUGCGUUCCUGGAUUCAGGAUCAAACGGGUGUAUAG